UGUAACCGUCGUGCAAGAGAUUGGUAAAGUUCGUUUACUAAUGUGGUGAAUGCUAAACUAUAGAUGUUCCGGGAUAACUGUUGUAAAUUGUCAGAUGUAACAGUGCCUUUAAUGAAGUUACAUUUUGUGUAUCGGUUUGUGUAUUUAGCACAGCCGAUUACGUACAAAAUAUAGGUAACAUUACAUUCGUUAAGCGUACGAUUAUUAUUUUGAAAUCGAAAGUACUUUCGAUUUCAUAUAAACAUAUAACAGGUUUAUGGAGAAGCGAGGGAAUAAAUAUUAACUUAACCGAGAAGACUAAUAUUCAAAUUCAACGAGUAUUAUAGUAACGCUAAUAUUUUGUACCGAACAAUUCAAUAAAACUAUUUAGUAAAAUUAACAUAUACAUAACAAUGGCUGAAGGAGGAAAUAUCGAUGCAGGUGUUGACGUGUCAAGUGACAUGACAGGAGAUUGUAUUGUCAUCCGAUCUUGCGAGCCGUGUAUGAGAAAGAAAUCUGCAAAUACAGCUUCUGUGAUCUGCAAAGUGUGCAACGAACAUCUGUGUGGUCCGUGUAGUCAUCUUCACGAAAUAUAUAAACCUGGAGAACAUGAGAUGGUUGUCAUUGAAAGUGUGAUUUCGACCCCUGUUGAGGUGAACAUGAAAGGUAUGAAUAUAUGCCAAGAGCACGGUAAAAAGAUCAAGUUUUUCUGUGAAGACCACUCAAAACUCUGCUGCAAUACCUGUGCGUUCAAACACAGGAAGUGCGACAACGUCGAUGAACUGGCCAGUAUAUCAAGCAAAGAAGGUCAAGAACUCCAACACUUGAACAAGACGCUUCUAAAACUUGAGAACGAAAUUGUCUCAAUCAUGGCGGAGUGUAAGCUAUCAGAAGAUAAAUUGAGUGAGACCACUGCGAGCAUUGCAAAACAUAUUGAUGAAAUGAGGGAUCGUAUUAUCGAGCUAUUUGAUAAGGCCAAAACAAAGAUGAUUGAAGAGGCGGAUACUUUUAAAGCGGAUGAGAUGAAGCGUUUAGGCGAAAUAAAUAAAUAUUCUUCGAUUGUGAAGGAAAACAUUAAUGAACUGCUUCCGGUUAGUUCUGCUCUUGUCGAACAUGGAACACCGCAACAAAAGUAUAUCAUGGCCAAAAUUAUAAAGGAGAAAAUACAAGAUAUAACAAGCAAUAUAACCGAGCAGCGAAGCAAAUUUUUCACUUCAACUGUUUCCUUAGACUUUUCAAAACAGUUAUUAUCCCUUCUUAAAGAAGAAGGCAUUAUAAAACUGCAAGUAGAGCGACACCAUACAGAUGUUGUGCAAACAUAUUCGACGGAAAUACAAGAAUUGUCUGAAGUUAAAGAGGAAACAACAAAUUUAAAUAAAGAUUGCUCAACUGACAGCGCUCAGUCAGCUCCGAAUAAACCAGUCACCAUGGAGCUGCUCGUGUCAGUGGAUAUCAAACAGACUGGAGAUGAUAAGAAUGAGCCAAUCCUCUCUGGGCUUGACUUCCUACCAGACGGGAGAUUGGUAGCCGUGGAUGGCUGGAAUUGUAAAUGUCUCAUAUUGGAUGACCGACUACAGAUACUAGGAACGCCGUUCAAGUUCAAUACACGUCCAUAUGACGUUGUAUGUUUGUCUCAGAGUGAGCUGGCAGUAACGACCAAUAUUAAGAAAGUGUGUCUCCUGUCCGUGAGUCCUGACAAUGUCAUCAAUCUGACCAGGCAGAUAAGCACAUCCACAAAAGUCUUUUCCAUAUGCUGCAUGACCCCAACACACAUGGUCGUGAGUACACUCGAUGAUCCACGUCCAGUGAGAAUGAUAACACAGGGCGGUGUGGAGUCUGAUUUUGACCGUGUGCUGUUUAAUAAGACGUACGAACAUGAAGAGAGCAAGUGCACGUAUGUCCCUUCAAAGAACACGUUGGUUCUGACUGAUAAGUAUGCUCACACAGUGUACAUGUUCGACACCGUGAAGGGAACGUCUAGAGCAGUCACUAAUGAUAACAUACAGAAACCACGUGGUGCCUGCGUCGGACCCGGUGACACGGUGCUGGUGUGCAGUGAGGCUAAGAACUCCAUCGUACACCUCACUGUUGAUGGGGACAUUCUAUGUACCUACCAUGUAGAUAUGCAAUUGCCGUAUACCCUGUGUAUGAAAAAUGAUGGGAGCAGAUUGGUCGUGUCUGGAUGUAAACAGGGAAUGAGGAAAUUGAUGAUGUACAAAUUAUCAUAA